AUUGCUUCUACAAACAUUUGUGAAAGAAAGGGUCGCUCUCAAGAGCUCAGUGAAUUCAAGCAUGGUACCGUGAUAGGUUGCCACCUGUGCAAUAAGUCCAUCCAUGAAAUUUUCUUGUUACUAAAUAUUCCACAGUCAACUGUUAGUGAUAUUAUAACAAAAUGGAAGCAACUGGGAACAACAACUCAGCCACGAAGUGAGUGGGGCCAGCGCAUGCUGAAGCGCACACAGUGCGCAGAAGUCACCAACUGUCUGCAGAGUCAAUAGCCAAAGACCUUCAAACUUCAUGUGGCCUUCAGAUUAGCACAUCAACAGUGCAUAGAGAGCUUUACGGAAUGGGUUUCCAUGGCUGA